AUGGUUAGUAUUACAGGGGAGAUUGCAACAACAGAUAGACUAAUGAGAUGGGGCAUAACAGUAGACAUUACUUGCUCAUUAUGUCAAGCAGAACUGGAAACUAGAGAGCAUUUGUUUGUGGAAUGUGAUUAUGCAAAAGCUAUAUGGAGGAGACUGCAGAAAUGGUUACAAUGGCAACAAACACCAGAUGAAUGGAACCAGCAUGUUAACUGGGCUAUCAGAAGUGCUAAAGGGAAAUCACAACAAGCUCAAAUAUUCAAAUUGGUAUAUGCAGAGUGUGUCUAUGCUAUAUGGAUAGAAAGGAACAAUAGAGUGUUUGAAAAGAAGACUAGAAGUUGGGAAGCAAUUGUAAGGGAAAUUAUCUAUACUUGUCAUGUUAGAGCUGACAGUAGAGUUAAAGAGCUUCUGCAAAGUUUUACAUUUUAG